CCAGCUUCCGCCUGCAUUUCCUUAAACCCUCCGUUUCUGCCCUUAAACCCUACGUCUCCACUGCGCUAGGGCAAAACCCUGCAACACUCCCUCUCCAUUUCUCUCCGUCUGAGUCCCCAGCUCUCUUCCAGUAUGAUGCGAGCAAUCUUGAGGAAGUCAUCUUCCUCCUCUGCCGCUCUGAGGCGGACCCUCGCCGCCUCGCUGUCCUCCUUCGAGACCGCCGCACCGUCAGCUGAGCUUCCUCGCUCCUUCAUGAAUGGCCAGAUUAGCCGCUUCUCCGUGUUCGGGAGGCCGGACGUGGCCCCCGGGUGGGGUGCGGUGAAGGGAUUCCAUGCGGCGGCGUCGGGUCCGUUGAAUUUCAGGGCGUCAGUGACGUCUUCGGCGGAGUACGCUGUGGACGAUUAUGCCUCCUACGAUGAAGAGAAGGUUGCUAAAGGGGGGAAUAGUGGUGAGGAGGGGCUCGAGAUUGCUAAGCUCGGGAUUGCUCCAGAGAUCGUUUCUGCUCUGGCAGAGAAGGGUAUCACUAAGCUCUUCCCGAUACAGAGAGCCGUGCUUGAGCCAGCAAUGCAAGGCCGUGAUAUGAUUGGUCGCGCAAAAACGGGAACCGGAAAAACUCUUGCUUUUGGCAUUCCUAUCAUGGAUAAAAUUACAAAGUUCAACGCAAAGCAUGGACGUGGAAGGAACCCUUUGGCAUUGGUUUUGGCUCCUACAAGAGAACUUGCACGGCAAGUUGAGAAGGAAUUUUAUGAGACGGCUAGCAAUCUAGACACCAUCUGUGUGUAUGGAGGCACCCCUAUAAGCCGCCAAAUGAACCAGCUCAACUAUGGUGUUGAUGUGGUUGUUGGAACACCUGGCCGUAUAAUUGAUCUGCUGAAAAGAGGUGCUUUGAACCUGGAGGAAGUUAAGUUUGUUGUCCUUGAUGAAGCUGAUCAGAUGCUCGCGGUGGGCUUUGAGGAAGAUGUGGAGACUAUCUUGCAAAGACUGCCAAAGAGUAGGCAGAGCAUGAUGUUUUCCGCCACGAUGCCUAACUGGAUAAGAAGCCUAACUAAGAAAUAUCUAAACAAUCCGCUGACCAUUGAUCUUGUUGGAGAUGAUGAUCAGAAGUUGGCUGAAGGAAUCUCUCUAUAUUCUAUUCCAGCUGCGAUGCAGGGUAAAGCAUCAAUUAUUGGACCUUUAUUCACGGAACAUGCAAAAGGUGGGAAAUGUAUUGUUUUCACUCAGACGAAAAGAGAUGCUGACAGACUGGCGUAUGCCAUGGCCCGAAGCUACAGAUGUGAGGCCCUUCAUGGUGAUAUUUCUCAAAGCCAGAGGGAGAGGACACUAGCAGGAUUUCGGGACGGGCAAUUCAAUAUUUUAGUUGCAACUGAUGUUGCUGCUCGUGGUCUUGACAUUCCUAAUGUUGAUCUGGUCAUACACUACGAGCUUCCAAACUCAUCAGAGAUCUUCGUUCAUCGAUCUGGCCGAACAGGCCGGGCCGGGAAGAAGGGAACUGCCAUCCUUAUUUAUACGCCGGAUCAGACUAGGGCUGUCCGGGUGAUAGAGCGAGAUGUGGGAUGCAGAUUUACAGAGCUUCCUAAGAUUGCUGUUGAGGGAGGAAAAAUGGAGAUGCUUGACAUGGGUGGCGGCGGCGGCGGUCGAUUUGGCUCAUUUGGUGGUUCAAGAGAUCGUGGAUAUGGUGAUGGAGGUUUUGGAAGAUCAAGAGGUUCAGAUUUUGGGCGUCAGGGAGGCUACCGUUCUGGCGGCUUCGGUGGUGGCUCUGACAGCAGUCGUUUUGGGUCCUUCGGUGGGUCUGGCUCAGGCCAAUCUGGAGGUGGCUCUGGCAGUUAUAAUAAACCAGGAAAUUUCGGUGGUUCUGGGUCUGGCCGCUCUUCUGGAUUUGGCGAUUUUGGGAACUUUGGUUCAGGCCGCUCAAGUGGGUCUGGCAACUUUGGAUCUGGCCGUUCCGGUGGUUUUGGGGAUGCGGGUUCUGGUCGCCCCAGUGGGUUUGGUAACAAUUCAAGCAGGGGCAGCGGUGGCUUUGGGAGUUCUUCAAGUCGUUUUGGCAGCUUGGGAAAUGAUAAGAAUGACAGCCCUAAAUCAGGGGGCAGGCCUUUUUGACUCUGUGGAGUGUAAGUAGCAGUACGGGAGGUGCUCGUGGAAGAAUACAGAGCCUCUGCAACGAACAAGCUGAUUUGAGAGUUCAGACAUAUGGAGAUGAUCGAAAAGAAAACAGUGAUGGGAGGAACUAGGGACUAUUCUUUUGCUGCGAGCGGGGGCUGCUGAGGCUUUCCGACUUAUUUAAGAAACUGCCAUAUGGAAGGUCUGCUGUCUAAACAGAGUAGUAUUAGGCAUUUACUGUUACUAUUGUAUGACAAAUAAUUGGUUUUGACCGUGAUGAAAUACUGGGAGGAAGGUUUUGCAAUGUGUUACCUCUCUCUGUCUUGCCUUCCGAUGGCUUUGGCUUUGGCUUUGGCUUUGGCAUGAGAAUGUGUGCUCGGCAGGGCCGUGUAACAGAGGAAUUGCUCUCAGUGUAAUCGCAGUAUUGCAUUAAUAUAGCAUAGAAAUGUCCGUGUUUUAGCACU